CGCCACUCAAACUGAAACCGCAGCGACAGCGACUGAGCGACUGAGCGACUAAGCGACUGAGAGAAAAAUGGAACGCUGGCAAAAUCGUGUAGCUGUUGUAACUGGCGCCAGUUCGGGCAUUGGUGCGGCCUGUGCCAAGCUGCUGGUGGCCGCUGGAUUGCAGGUCGUUGGCCUGGCACGUCGCACGGAGCGUCUGGAGCAGCUGCGCCAAUCGCUGCCCGCUGAGCAGCAGCAGCGUUUCCAUCAGCGCACCUGCGACGUCUCGGCGGAGGCGCAAGUGAGCGCCGCCUUUGAGUGGAUCGAACAGACGCUGGGGGGCUGCGAUGUGCUGAUCAAUAAUGCGGGCAUCCUGCGUGAUGGGCAUUUGAUUGACAUGCCGCUACAGGAUAUUAAGGAUGUGCUGCAGACGAAUCUAAUGGGCAGCAUAGUGUGCACCAAGCUGGCAGCGCAGAGCAUGAAGCGUCGCCAAAUGGCCGGACAUUUGUUUUUCAUCAACAGCACAGCGGGCCUGGCGGGCUACAAUCCCGGCCAUGUGGAUCCCAGUCUCAACAUUUAUACGCCCAGCAAAUUUGCGCUAACUGCAGUGCAUGAAAUCUGUCGACAGGAGUUGAUAACACAGCAGCUAAAGAUUAAGACGACAAGCAUUAUGCCCGGUUGGGUCUCCACUGAGAUUGUGCCGGAUGAAACGAAGCAGCAGCUGGGCGAGGUUAUACUGCAGGCCAACGAUGUAGCCCAAGCAGUGCUCUAUGCUCUCUCCACGCCGCCACAUGCUCAGGUGCAGGAGAUAACGCUGCGAGCCGUUGGCGAAUGGUACUAACUGAAGCGCGCUCUCUUUCACUCACUCCCACUCCCACUCCCACUCUCUCACUCUCUUGUAUAAACAUAAACUGUUUGGCAAUCAACAGCUAAUAACAAUCAACCACACACAAAAGUCAGCAGCAAGCCACAAGCAUUUUUGUUAAUUUGCUGCUUUUGUUUUUUUAUGCGUUUUUUUUUUUUUUAUUAUUAUGAUUAUUGCUGCCUCGUUACAGUUUAACAAGCAGUGCACAAAUAAAUAAUUCAGUUAUUUUCUUUGCU